AUGAGCGUGGACGACCCCGCCUUCUCCGCCCUGAUCAACGACCGCAACUUCCGGUCGUACAACUUCAGGCUCAAGGCGGCGGAGGACACCUACAACGGGGACACACGCUGCAAGGUCUCCAUCGUGCGCGUGGCGCCGCUGGACUACCCCGCAGAGUCCCGCGCCCUCAUAGACCAGAUAGCAAAGCUCUCGGCCGGCCAGCCCAUAUACCAACCGCUAGCGCAGGGCGGCGGCGCGUACAACGCGGCGGCCCGUGGCGGGGGCGGGUGGACCCAGGGCACUCAGCAGCAGCAGCAGCAGCCGGCCCAGGGAGGCUACCAGCAGCAGGUGCCGCAGCAGGCCCAAGGGGGGCAGCAGUGGAACGGCGGCGGCGGCAACAGGGGCGGAUACAACCAGGGCGGCGGCGGCGGUGGGUGGCAGCAGAACGGCGGCGGUGGCGGUGGUGGCGGCGGCGGGUGGCAGCAGAAUGGCGGCGGCGGCGGCGGGUGGCAGGGCAACGGCGCUGCUGCUGGUGGUUGGCAGCAGAACGGCGGUGGUGGCGGCGGCGGCGGCGGGGGUGGCCAGCCGCAGUGGCAGCAGCAACAGCAGCAGCAGCAGCAGCAGCAGGGCCAGCAGGCCUUUGCGGCGGGCUGGCUGUGA